UUUAAAUUUAGAGUCUAAAGGCAAAUGUAUGAAGGAGUCCUAUUACAGGCAUGAGUCAUUCUGCGGGCUGUUGUGUGCAUCUCUUUCUGUGCCAAACACUAAAAAUAACAGAAGAAAACUUCACCUAAUAAAUGCAAAACAUAUUAAGGGACAAAAAAAUCCUGUAGGAAGCACCACUGAAAAUGAGGAUAAGUCUAGUGAAGUACGAGAUGAAUUUGAAGAUAACACAAAACAAGCAAAGGGUCCACCAUCCACUGGCUCCAGUGAUGACAAUGAUGAGCAGCUUUAUUGUGUCUGCAGACGGCCUAAUAGCCCAGAAAAGCCCACAGCACAGUGCAGUCAAUGCAAAGACUGGUUUCACCCAACAUGUGUUGGAUGUAAAGACAUUGAGGAUAUUGCUGUUAUUUCACCCUGGCUCUGUCCAAACUGCACAACACGACAGACAGAAAAAACAACACUGAAAAAGACUAAACUGUCAUUUAUACUAAGGAACAAUGAUUGUGAACAAACAGGACGAGACAAUGUUGACAUAACAAAACAAAAAAAUGACAAUGAAGACACUCGCCAAACAAAACAAUGUGAUGAGCCUGAACACAAUCCCUCCCAAUCUCAUUUUACAAUUACACUAAAAAGAGAGGAGUGGGAAAUGAUACGACUACCAAUAUUUGUAAGCGACUUUACAGAAAAACAAGCCCAAAGUCGCUUAUAAUAAGCAGACUUGGCAACACUGGUACUUAAUUGUAUCAACCAGAAAAUGCUAAAUGCUAAUUUUGUUGUGACUGUGGUAUUUUCAUUGUGGAGGCAUAAAUAAAUACAUUUGUGUGUAAACUGAAGUAUGUUAUUUACUUGUUAAAAACAAUACUAAUAGCUGCACUAUAUGAUUAUUGAAAGGAGUAAAUGAAAAAGACAAUUAAGUAGCAUAGAAUCUUGCUGUACAUAAAGCAAGAUUGAUUUUAUGU